GUUAUAGACCUAACCCCUAGCAACACAACCAUGUGCGCUUUCAUCACAUGAGUGCUCUUUGCGCAAGAAACAAGUACCGGAACCGUGAAUCAAAAGGAACAACACCGCAUUUGCUACCCCCCACCGUUGUCUCCGGUGAAUACACUGCUCAACAAAUGCGGGUUGGGGAGGAGGCAAGUGUCUUGAAAUCCACAGAACAACCAACUUCCCCCUGGGGCUCACUCCCACAAUCAACGUUCUUCUAAAUGUCUCAUUUGAUAUGGGCUAAGGAAAGCAUUAUAACAAUGAAUUUUUUUGUUCAAAAAGGAAAAAAAAAUGAAUUUUUUUGAUCUAAGUGGUCCGUAUCAAUUAAAUAUCUUUAAAAAAAUUGUUAAAAUAAUUCAAGCAAUUUAUAAUUAGCAAAUAAUUUCAUAAAAUUCAUACCAAGUUUUCUCAAAAAUUUUGAUUUGAAUUUUUUUGCUUUUUAUAUCAUUUUCUAAUUAUAAGAACUGUUUUCAGAUACUUUAUGUUUUUAUGUUUAUAUUUCAUUUAUAAAUACUGUUGAUAAUAAAAAUUAUAUUGGAGAUAAUAUAUUUACUUAUAGUACAUUCUACACAUAAAACUUGAAAAGAAAAAAACAAUUAACUAAUUAUUUUUGGUGUAGUAGUAGACUUAAAUAUUGCUUUCUAAAACGAAAAAUUAUCCAUUAUUUUUUCUUCUAAAUUUUACUUUAUUGAUGCAUAUUUUAUUACUAUUUAUUUUUGUACCAUUCAUUUUACUCUUUAAAAUGAGAGGUAAACAAAAGUAUGUUUUUAUAUUUAGCUUUAUAGUUUCCAUACAUUAUAAAAAUCAAUACUAUAUAAUUUCCUAAAUAAAAACUUCAUAUGUGUGGUUUGUUUUAUAAACUCCGAAAUUAGAUAUUUUAUCCAAUAACACAACCCUUAAACAAGAAACAACGAAAAAUAGAAUUCUUUCUCAGCCCAUUACAUUAGCUAUUUUUUCAUUAUAUUUUUAUGUUAAAAUUUAUUCCAAAAAUAUCAUUUACUAAUGAAAAAGUAGAAAAAUUUCUCCAUUUGUGCGUGUUUACUUUUUGUUCUUUUACGGGAAAAGGAAGAAGAAGGAGGAAGAAAAAUAAUGUGGCUACCGAAAACAGAUGCGACAUGUAAAGGAACAUUAAGUGGUUCAGUUGCUGUUGCAAUAGACAAAGACAAAACUAGCCAAAAUGCUAUCAAAUGGACAAUGGAGAAUCUUACUUCUCGGGGCCAAACUCUUGCUCUUAUUCAUGUCGCUCCCAAAUCUCAAUCUUCUUCAGACAUUGAAGACGGAACAAUGCAUAUGCAGCAAAUGGAUAAGCAAACAAAAGAUCUCUUUGUAUCUUUCCACUGUUAUUGCAGCCGUAAAGAAAUACAUUGUCUGGAUGUUUUGCUUGAAGACGCUGACAAAGUCAAAGCGAUUGUUGAAUACGUUACAGUUUCUGCCAUCGAGAAUUUAGUACUUGGUGCUCCAUCAAGGAGUAGCUUUAUGAGAAGAUUCAAAACGGAUUUACCAACGAGUGUGUCAAAGGCAGCUCCAGAUUUCUGCAAUGUUUACGUCAUUUCCAAAGGCAAAAUAUCUUCCUUACGAAGCUCCUCUCGUCCUGCUCCUUACAAAUCAACAGUUCUCAGCGAUUUUGAAAAUCAGGAAACUGCUGCCUCUGAGAAAAAACACAAACCAGCUAACACAACCCCAAUAACUAGGGCACGAAGAUCAGUUGAUUCAGAUGGUCCAAGACCAGGGUUUGUGAAACUACCACAAGGACACAUUAAAAUGAAAGGAGACUUCUCAGAUUCAGAGUCCGAGUUCUCAUUCAUAAGUGCUUCACAACAAGGAUCAGAAAACUCAUUUAUCAGCUCGGGGACGCCGAGUAGUAUAGAUAGGUGUUCUUUUACCUACGACUUACCAGACUCAGCAAGAACCUCAAGAAUGUCAACUAGCUCAGAGCAGAGCAUUGGUUCACAUAGAUUAGGGAUCAAGUUCACGGAUCUAGGUUUUCUCAAUAACUCUUCAACGGCUUCUGAAGAGAGUGGAAGAACUUCUUGCUCUUACUCAUCUCAGAGCUUGGAUGAUGUUGAAGCUCAAAUGAGGAGACUGCGUUUAGAGCUAAAACAAACCAUGGAUAUGUAUAGCUCAGCUUGCAGAGAAGCUUUAACCGCAAGGCAAGAGGCGACAGAGCUGAAAAAUCUGAGGUCAGAAGAGGGAAGAAGAAUGGAAGAACUAAAGAUGACAGAGGAGACAGCAAUUUCAAUGAUGGAAAAUGAGAAGGCAAAGGCCAAAACAGCCAUGGAAGCUGCUGAAGCUGCAAACAGGCUUGCGGAAGCUGAGGCAAAGAGAAGACUAACCGCAGAGAUGAAGGCACUGAAAGAAAGCGACUCUCCCACUCGGUAUAGCAUGGUUCGGUACAGGAAGUACACUGUUCAUGAAAUCGAAGAAGGAACUGGAAACUUCGCAGAGUCAAGAAAAGUGGGAGAAGGAGGGUAUGGGCCUGUGUUUAGAGGUCAUCUUGAUCACACAAGUGUUGCUGUUAAGGUCUUACGUCCUGAUGCUGCUCAAGGAAGAUCACAGUUUCAAAAAGAGGUUGAAGUACUAAGUUGCAUAAGGCAUCCAAACAUGGUGCUUCUAUUAGGAGCCUGUCCAGAAUAUGGCAUUCUCGUCUACGAAUACAUGGCCAAAGGAAGCUUAGAUGACCGUCUCUUCAGACGCGGAAACACGCCUCCGAUCUCAUGGCAACUGCGUUUCAGAAUCGCUGCAGAGAUAGCUACUGGCCUACUCUUCUUACACCAGACCAAACCAGAACCAAUUGUCCACCGAGACUUGAAACCAGGAAACGUUCUCCUCGACCACAACUACGUCAGCAAGAUCAGCGACGUAGGGCUAGCGAGACUAGUCCCGGCGGUAGCAGAGAACGUGACUCAGUACAGAGUCACAUCAGCUGCAGGAACGUUCUGUUACAUCGACCCUGAGUAUCAACAAACAGGAAUGUUGGGUGUGAAGUCUGAUGUUUAUUCGCUGGGGAUCAUGCUUUUGCAGCUUUUGACUGCGAAACAGCCAAUGGGUUUGGCUUAUUAUGUGGAACAGGCCAUUGAAGAAGGGAAGCUGAAAGAUAUGCUAGAUCCUGCAGUACCAGAUUGGCCGUUAGAGGAAGCUAUGUCUCUUGCUAAGUUAUCGUUACAAUGUGCUGAGUUGAGAAGAAAAGAUAGGCCUGAUCUUGGUAAAGAAGUGAUGCCUGAGCUUAAUAGACUAAGAGAGUUAGGUGCAGAGAGUCUUGAGAGUGUGUUUUAUGCUGGACAUGGACCGUUUUCACAUUCUAGCCAAGUCUCUUAUACAUCGGAAGGUAGGAGUGCUCCUUCUAUAUCGAAUCCAGGAUCUUAUAUAUCAAACCCAUAGUGUUGAGAACAGAUGAGGAAUCUGGAGAGAUAAAUGUCAGUAUAAGAAAGCCAAGAGCAAUGUAUAUAUAUAUUCACGAUAAAAAAAAAACUGCUUCUUUGAGCUGUAGAAGAGAGGUGUUUGAGAUUUAAAGCCAAUAUUAUUUUUUUGUGUUUUCGAUUAAGAAACAAUAUUUAUAUACAGGGAACAUAAUUUAUUCAGAAGACGUAAAUAUUAGUUGCAUCACUCA